AUGAAGAUUUCGGCCCUUCUCGCCACUGCGCUUCUUGCGCUCGGCGGCUUUGCCAAUGACCCGCUGACGGAGGACAAGGUCGAGGCGGACAUCACGACCCGGGAGCUACAGAACAACCUGUGGCACCUGAACAAGAUUGCUCGCGACAAUGGUGGAAACCGCGCCUUUGGUCUGCCUGGCUACGCUGCCUCCAGCGACUACGUCAUGGAGCGCGCGCAGACUCGGUUCUACAAGCAGAUGGACACUUACAAGCAGUACUUCAACCACACGUUCGAGCAGACCCGCGAGAUCAAGCUGACGGGCCCUGACGGCGCCGACGUCUACGUCCUGACCCUGCUCUACAACCACCCCACCCCUGCCGGCGGUAUCACUGCGGAGCUGAUCGACACCCCCGUCAACGACGCCACCGGCUCGGGCUGCCUCGAGUCCGACUGGACCGGCAUCGACGCCACUGGCAAGAUUGCCCUCGUGAAGCGCGGAACCUGUGCCAUCUCUAACAAGCUCAAGCUCGCCAAGGCCCACGGUGCCCUCGCUGUUGUGCUUUACAACCAGACCCCCGGCACACCUGUGUCCUCGGCUACUCUCGGUGCUGAGAACAUUGGCCUGCUUGUGCCGGUUGCCACGACGAGCUUGGAGGUUGGAACCGCGUGGAAAGCGCGCCUCGCUGCUGGCGAGUCCCUGACCGUUACAGUCCUGGUCGAUUCCAUCUUUGAGACCCGCGAGACGUGGAACAUCAUCUCGGAGACCAAGGAAGGAGACCCCAACAACGUCGUUGUUCUCGGCGCCCAUCUCGACUCGGUCCAGGCCGGCCCCGGUGUCAACGACGACGGCUCCGGAACCACCGCUCUGCUCGAGAUCAUGGGUUCGGUCAAGAAGUACAGCGGCUUCAAGAACAAGCUUCGUUUCAUCUGGUGGGGCGCUGAGGAGGCUGGUCUUAUCGGCUCCAACUUCUACACCUCCCCUGCGCAGAUGAGCGAGGAGGAGGCCGACAAGAUCCGCUUCUACGCCAACUUUGACAUGAUCGGCUCCCCCUUCCCCGAGUUCGUCGUCUACCAGGACCCCGACUUCCUCGAGGGCAGCGCCGUCGGCUCGCAGUACAUAGCCGACUACCUGACGGCCAACGGCAAGAAUGCGACGUUUGAGUCCUUCGAGACCAACAGCGACUACUACGGCUUCCUGCAGCGCGGCAUCGCCGCCACCGGCCUCUUCACCGGCGCCGGCGCCCCGACCGACCCCUGCUACCACCUGGCCUGCGACAACCUCGAGAACAUCAACUGGGACGCCCUGACCGUCAACGCCAAGGCCGCCGGUCGCCUGGCCGCCCGCCUGGCCCUCAGCCUCGACGGCGUCCCGCCCCGCAAGAAGUCGAGCCCGGCCAAGAGGGACGCCAGGGCCAUUAGGAGGGAGUUCCAGCGCUGGGCUGCCGUCGAGGAGCACGCCUCGCACGCCAAGUCUUGCUCGCACAAGUCGGACAACAGGAUUUAA